CCAAGUCUUCCCCGAAUUGUCAACGGAAUGAAUACCUGGACUACUUCCUCGUCGUCUAAUCAAGUAGUGGCGAGUGGCGACGACGUUCCACAGGCCGGACUAAGAGAUCGACGGCAACAAGUUCCAGGGCGAUUCUUUCCCGAGCAGCCCCAUCCCUACCAUUUCCACCUCUUGACAGGUGCCAGUGAAAAUAGCUUUAUGGACGGAAACCAAAUUCCUCAUAGCUUGGUGUAUCCUUGGUCGCCUCUGAACCCAAGAAUUGAAGAAGGCUAUCAAACCACACUUCCGAUUCACCCAGCCGAACAAAAUCACCCUACACUAAAUGUUCCGAGCCAAACGAUGCUGCAUGGCGGUCUUGACCAAAGCCAUGUGUCGCACCAUCGUGCCAACAGUAUGACCCAAAGUCCGAACGUGUUCUAUGAAUUCGGGGUUGGACAGUACGAGUAUCCGCCACCUAUGUCGGAGCCCUCGCUUGAGGACGUGCACGACAUUAACGACCAGUUUGGCGCAUAUCCAAGAAGUCAUCCAUCCUCGGGCGGUGGGGGCCACAUUCCCGCUCGGUCAAUGACGGGGCAGUUGGACUCUGAAGCCAACGAUGAAUACCCACGUUACAGGCACGAUAACUCAGAGUUCCUUCAAGCCCCUAGUCGCGAUGGAUCUUCGUCGCCUUCUAGUUCAAGAAGAAUAAGAGCAUCAUCGACUACCAUUCCGGACGAACUGGAGUGUACCAUCGACGACUGUAAUGCGAGGUUCCAUGGAGAGUACCGGAAAAGCAAUCUUGCAAGACACUACAGGCUUAGGCACGAUCGGGGGGGAAGGACGUAUGUUUGCGAGGGUGGUUGCGAUGACAAGGUCUUCAAGCGACAGGAUGCUAGGCUUAAGCACUAUCGCCGCAAGCAUCAACAUUUAGCUCUUCCAGCAGCCGUCCCACGUAAAGGUUGA